CUCGUAUCGUAAUCGUUCGCUCCUCAGUUCAAGUGUUUCGGUUAUAGCCGCUGCUCCAUACGAUUUCGGGCCAGUUUGUUGGCGGAUUGUGCGAGAAGAGCAUCUCUUCAGGUCGAGUAUGACUUAUCAGCUGAUUAUCGUGGCAUGUACUUUGCUGUUGAGCCACACUUAUGCCAAUCCCAUUACUCCGAAGGCCAGUGUAGCAACAGAGCUCAUUAUCUUGCACAAUAAUGAUAUGCACGCGAGAUUUGAGCAGACAAACAAGAAUGGAGGCACUUGCUCCAAGGAGGAUGCCAAUACGGACAGGUGCUACGGCGGAUUUGCACGUGUUGCCACCGAAGUUCGCAAAUACCGUGAGGAGGCCAAGAAGGGAGGCACACCUGUGCUGUAUUUAAAUGCAGGUGACACCUACACCGGCACAGCCUGGUUCUCAGUCUUUAAGGACAACAUUACGAGCGCCUUUCUCAACAUGUUACAGCCGGAUGCUAUUUCGCUGGGUAAUCACGAGUUUGAUAAGAACGUCGAAGGCCUAAUUCCGUUCCUUAACGCCGUGGAAUUCCCUGUGUUGGCUUGCAAUUUGGACUUGUCGAAGGAACCGGGAUUGGCUGCCGCUAAGAAACUGUCCAACUCCACGAUACUGGAGAGCAAUGGAGUUCAGAUUGGUGUAAUCGGUUACCUGACUCCAGAUACCAAAGAUCUUUCCUUCCAAAACAACGUGGAAUUUGCAGAGGAAAUCGUAUCGAUCAAUGCUGAAGCAGAGAAGUUAAAGGCUCAGGGCAUUAAAAUUAUUAUUGCCUUGGGUCACUCCGGAUACCAAAAAGAUCAGGAUAUUGCCAGAGAGUGUCCCGAGGUGGAUAUAGUCAUUGGUGGUCAUUCGCACACCUAUUUGGACGCCAAUCAACCUGUUGCAGACAAGAACGACGCCAAUCCUGAAGCAGUGCGAGGACCCUAUCCCACCACAGUGGUUCAGAAGAGCGGAAAAAAGGUGCCAGUGGUUCAGGCUUAUGCUUACACAAAAUACUUGGGAAAGAUUCACGUGCAGUUCGAUGCCGAGGGGAAUUUAAUUGAGUUCGACGGAGCACCAAUUCUGCUGAAUGCAUCAGUGUCUCAGGAUCAAGAGCUGUUAGAUUUGCUCGAAGUCUAUCGGCCAAAUAUCACGAGAUUGGAGGAGAAAAUCGUGGGCUACACGAAGGUCACCCUAGAGGGUGGCAAUAUUUGCCGCCUAAGGGAAUGUAAUCUGGGCAAUCUGAUUGCCGAUUCCAUGGUUCACGCUCGGGUGCUAGAGUACAAGGGCGGCGACUACUGGACUGAUGCACCCAUAGCUCUGCUCCAAGGAGGCGGAAUACGAGCAUCCAUUGACAAGAACUCAAUUGGUUCGAUUACUGGCAGCGAUAUUAUAACAACCCUUCCCUUCGAGAAUACGCUCUAUUUGACGCGCAUAACUGGAAAAACAUUGCAUGCAGCCCUCGAGCGAUCGGCGUAUGUUCGAAACCUUGACUCGAACGGAGGCUUUCUUCAGUUUGCGGGUUUGCGAGUGGAGUACAACUACGACAUGGAGGAGGGUCAUCGUGUGACCUCUGCUCUCGUGCGCUGUGCCGAGUGCAAUGUGCCUAGCUAUAGCAACCUUAACAUGUCUGCCUACUAUAAUGUCAUCAUAUCGGAGUUCUUACUGAACGGCGGCGAUGGCUAUGUUCUCACUGAAGAAAAUAACCCGCACACUGAGCUAUUGCAGAAAAACGAUCAAUUUGCAUUUGGCGAAUACUUGGAGGCGCGCCAUUACGUUUAUCCCGAGAUCGAGGGUCGCAUCGUUAUCAUUGGACCCAAGGAUGCUGCUGGUAGCAUCUUUGGCUCUGUGGCCUUGAUUCUAUUGUCUUCCUUGAUCACACGUUUCUUUAACUAGUUUAUAGCUAACUGUAACUACAUACAUAUGUCUGAACAGAAUACGUAUCCCAACUGUUAAAUGUACAUAAUACAAAAGUUUGAAUUUAUUAGAUGAUGAAUGUACAAUAAAUAUCGUAAUGCCUUUACAGAUCUCUAGCACAAUA